AUGGAAAGAGCCAGGCGAAGGGGAGGCGGCAGUGGCCGCGGCCGCGGCGGCAAGAAUUUAGGGGGCUCUGGCCUAAGCAAGAGUAGACUCUAUCCUCAGGCCCAGCACUCCCACUACCCCCACUACGCGGCUUCAGCCACCCCUAAUCAGGCUGGGGGCGCCGCAGCCGAAAUCCAGGAGCUGGCCUCCAAACGAGUGGACAUCCAGAAAAAGAGGUUUUACCUAGACGUGAAGCAGAGCUCCAGGGGCCGGUUCCUCAAGAUAGCCGAAGUCUGGAUAGGGAGAGGCCGGCAGGACAAUAUCAGAAAGAGUAAACUGACCCUCUCCCUGUCUGUGGCAGCGGAGCUGAAGGACUGUCUCGGUGACUUCAUCGAGCACUACGCCCACCUGGGCCUGAAAGGCCACCGGCAAGAGCAUGGCCACGGCAAAGAGCAAGGCUCCAGACGGAGACCGAAGCACUCGGCACCCUCUCCACCAGUCUCCGUGGGGUCCGAAGAGCACCCUCACAGUGUCCUCAAAACAGACUACAUUGAGAGGGACAACAGGAAAUAUUAUCUAGACCUAAAAGAAAACCAACGGGGCCGCUUCCUAAGGAUUAGACAAACCGUGAUGCGGGGGACAGGCAUGAUAGGUUAUUUUGGCCACAGUUUGGGCCAGGAACAGACUAUCGUACUCCCAGCACAAGGAAUGAUUGAGUUCCGUGAUGCCUUGGUUCAGCUCAUUGAAGACUAUGGAGAAGGGGACAUAGAAGAACGAAGGGGUGGAGACGAUGAUCCACUUGAACUCCCAGAGGGGACUUCUUUCAGAGUGGACAAUAAAAGAUUCUACUUUGAUGUGGGCUCUAAUAAAUAUGGAAUUUUCCUGAAGCUCUCAAAUUACCCUAAAUCCAGAGAGAAUACCAACCCUUUUCACUGUUGUCAAAUCCAGCAUAAGGAACAGCCCUAUGACACUACAAAAACAGUUGAGGAAUAAGGAGUAAGUCUCUUAUGUUACACUUCAGAAUAAAGGCACUGGGUGAAAGAAAUGAAACGAAGUUCAUCGUGAAUACAAGGCUUCUGUACUUGAUGUUUCUCCACGGAUGGGAAGGCAAGUGUCAACUCCACUGGCAACAUUUUCAAACCGAUCUCAUGUGGAUUAUCUCCCACCAGACUGGAGUACUUUCUUAUCAGGUUAGGUUUUGGGCGGAAGGGGUUGCUUAAAUUCGUCAAACAAAAAACACCAUUUGUCGUCAUGGAAGUAGAGACAUAGAUUUGAAAAUACUUUCUUAAGAGACCAUGUAACUCUGUAACUCUGAAUUUAAAAUUCGAGGAGGAGGGAUCAUUGCAACCCACUGCCUCUCACAAGAAACACGUUUUUUUAAAUCUGUCACUGCUCUAGUGUUAACAGGGUGCAAAGUGGUUUUCGUCCUGUGUUGUGCUGAAAAGGUUCUCGUUGUGGUGAUUGUAUUGUACUGUAGGAAAACAAAUCAUAAAUUGCCUUGUUUUGUUUAUAAUAGAUCAGACCACGUACCACUUCAGUUUUCAUUGUUUCGGAUUUUCCAGUGAUGCAUGUUAACAGUUAGGUCCUAAAAUUCUGGGGUGCUAAUUCUUCCAUAUCCAAUGGUGCUUUUGUGGAUGCUAACUGGACACAUGCUGAACAAAGCUUGAAAUUUAAAACUUUCCUCCCUUCCUCUGUUUAUAUAAAGGAAAAUAAAAUAACUUGAAUUUGUCUCAAAGUAUCAUUGACAAUCUAAUAAACUGGUUUA